AUGACAACCAUAGUUAUUUCCUCUCCAGACAUGGCUAAAGAAGCGCUUCAUAAACACGACUUCGCUUUUUUAGGUCGAACAUUCUCUCACUCACUUCAAACAUUUGACCACCACAGACUCUCUGUCAUAUUUUCGGAUCCUUCAGUUCAUUGGAAGACUCUGAGGAGAACCUGUGUCUCCAAAAUAUUAUCGUCUUUCCAGCUUGAUUCCACGCAGAAUUUGCGUUUAAGGAAGUUGCAGGAAAUGUUAGAGUACGUGAAUGAAUGUUGCAAAAAAGGUGAUGAUGCUUUGCAUAUUCGUGAAGUUACCUUCGCGACAUGUAUUAAUUCUCUAUUUAGUAAGCUUUUCUCCAUUGACGUCCAUGGUUUUUCUUCUGAUUUAUCUCGAGAGUUUAGAGAUAGUAUAUGGGGUAUAAUGGAAGAAGUUGGGAAACCUAAUGUUGUAGAUUUUUUGCUGUUCUUCGAGUAA